CUUAUUCAAACCAUAAGUGCAGUAGACAAAGAUGAACCUCUUGGUGGACAAAAAUUUUUCUUCAGUUUAGCUGCUGUUAACCCUAACUUCACUGUUCAGGAUAAUGAAGAUAACACUGCCAGAAUUUUGACAAGAAGGAAUGGCUUUAGUCGACAUGAAAUAAGUACUUAUUUUCUACCAGUGGUUAUAUCAGACAAUGACUACCCGAUCCAGAGCAGCACUGGCACGCUGACCAUCCGAGUGUGUGCCUGCGACAGCCAGGGGAACAUGCAGUCCUGCAAUGCUGAGGCCUUGCUCCUCCCUGCUGGCCUCAGCACAGGGGCACUGGUUGCCAUUCUCCUCUGCAUCAUUAUCCUGCUAGUUAUAGUGGUGCUGUUUGCUGCUCUGAAGAGGCAACGAAAGAAGGAGCCUUUGAUCCUCUCUAAAGAGGACAUCAGAGACAACAUUGUGAGUUAUAAUGAUGAAGGCGGUGGAGAGGAAGACACCCAAGCCUUUGAUAUUGGCACACUGAGGAAUCCUGCAGCUAUUGAAGAUAAGAAGCUUCGACGAGACAUUAUCCCUGAAACAUUAUUUGUACCACGGAGGACUCCUUCAGCACCAGAUAAUACAGAUGUCCGAGAUUUUAUUAACCAAAGGCUAAAAGAGCAUGAUACUGAUCCUUCUGCACCACCGUAUGACUCACUUGCAACCUAUGCCUAUGAAGGAAAUGAUUCAAUAGCUGAAUCCUUGAGCUCCUUAGAGUCAGGUACUACCGAAGGAGACCAAAACUAUGAUUACCUCCGAGAAUGGGGUCCUCGGUUUAAUAAGCUAGCUGAAAUGUAUGGUGGAGGAGAAAGUGACAAAGACACUUCUUAACCUACAGUAGGCUACAUUUUUGUUUCCUUUGAGCGGAAGUAAUUUUACAGACACCUUCUGCACUCAACAGUAUUUAACAUUCAGGAAAAUUUUCCUCCCACUCAGCACAAUGGUUUCCUUUUAAAAUUUGUUUUAAAUUUGUCCAUUAAUGUAAUUCAUUCUUUCUAGUAGGAUGCCACUUGGAAUAUAUACAACAUUUUAUUUAAUCACCUUCCAAGAGCCAAAGCUAUGGAAAUUCAGUGUUGUCCAUUUUAGUAAGUAAAA